GUCUGGCUUGACUCUGUUGUGGAAGCCAUUUUGGGAUUUUCCCAGUAAUUGUGAGUCAAGCGCGUAACUUUUACCGCGAAGAUUUAGGAUCAUCCUAAGAGUUUGGAUCUCUUUUUCGGACACGAUGAUAACCGCUUUUUAAUUCUCAUCCCCCCGACGUCAUGCGGCGCACGUUUUGCGCAUCUUUGCUUUGGAUUGUCAUUUCUCAACUGGAAUAUCCUCACAACAACAUGAGAUUAUAGACACUGAUGGUCAAACUGCGUGAUCAACAAACCACCAUGGAUUUUUCCCCCCUGCACACGUAUGCUCCUCCACACUGUACCCCGGAUAACACGGGCUAUACAUAUUCCCUCAGCUCCAGUUACUCCACCGCCGCGCUCGAGUUUGAGAAGGAACACAAGAUCAAUCCCGUGUACGACUCGCCCAGAAUGUCACGCCGGAGUUUGAGACUGCAAACCAGCGCCGGUUUUUACGGCGACGGCAGUUUCGCUGAGCUCACGCAGAAUCACAACAACAGCUCAUACAAGCGCACCUCCACCAGCAGCGUGAGCAGGUCAGAUGAUCAUCUCUCUGUCUGUGCGAGCAGAAGGCAACAGCAGGAAUCAUCCAUGUACGAGUCCCAUAGUGAGAGUCAGACUCCACAGAAUGAUCAGACCAACCUGAGCAUCAUCAGUACCGCCAGCGAUGCAUCUCUGAUCUCCAGUCUGCUGGAUGAGUCGGCCCUCAGGCAGAGCUCCACUACACACUUAUGCUCAGCAUGGAGGCGGAGGAGGACCGAUCACAGCUUGCUGUUAGAGAAUGGAGACGCUAGCAAAACAGAAACGCACGCUAAAAUGGCCAACGGCUACAUAUGUAAAGACUGUUGCUUCCACGCAGACCAGAAGACCGAUGAAGAGACUGCGUAUUCUUUAGCGUACUCCUCAUCAGUGUCUUCGGCCGCCCAUCAGAACAUGAACAGUGUAGACAAGACAGUUCACGACCGUUACUGUGGCAGUGUAAAUGUGGGCGAUCUGAUGAACGCUGACAGACGGCUCAAUCUCAAUGGCUCGCUUUGUGAUGAUUGUAAAGGAAAGCAGCGUGUGGAAAUCCACACGGAUCGCAAACGCACGUCCUAUACACAAAACGUAUUCGCUGCGCUGUGGGCCCUUGUUACUUACACAGGAUCUGGUCUGCUGAGGGUUUGCGGUGGUUUUGGUUCAGCCGCUGCGUUUGUGACUCAUAAGAUGAUGUCCGUUCUGUCGUUGGCAGUGUUGUCUCCAGCAUCGUCCUCCUCAGUGUCGACAGCCGUCCAUCAGACUACCGCAGACGCCCAUAUGAACGUUAUAGCCAAGACAGGUGAUGUUUAUGAAGAAACGCAACAUGUGGAAUCGAAACGUUAUUUCUACACCCGUCACAUUCUCGCUGCGCUGUGGGCUCUUAUUUCAUACCCAGGUUCUGGUCUGCUGAGGGUUUGCAGAGGUUUUGGUUCAGCCGCUGCGUUUGUGGCUCGUAAGAUGAAGUCCGUUCUGUGGUUGGCAGUGUUGUCUCCAGGGAAAGCAGCGAGCGGUCUCUUCUGGUGGUUGGGCACAGGGUGGUACCAGCUCGUAACUCUAAUGUCUUUUAUAAACGUCUUUAUCCUCACCAGGUGUCUACCCAAACUACUAAAGCUUCUUCUGUUCCUGCUUCCGUUCCUUUUACUGUUUGGAUUGUGGUAUCUCGGUCCGGCCAGUAUCCUGACCUGCCUUCCCGCUGUAAACUUCACAGAGUGGAAGACGCUGAUGCCCUCUUUCGCAUCACUUCCUGCCCUCCCGUCUCUCCCCUCCUUACCCUCUUUACCUGCACUUCCUGCUUCCACAUCAAAGCCGCUGGUGGAGGAACAUCACGUGCCACCCAAAGUCACGUCACAGAUUGCGUCAGACUUUAACAGCAAGCGUUUGGUUCUACUGGAGCAGCGUGUGGCGGCAUUGUGGGAGAACAUCCAGCAGGGGGAGCUGAAGGCACAGCAGCAGCAUCAGGAGACUGUUGGUUUGGUUCAGGCGUUACAUGAACAGAUAAACACACAGACAGACAGAGAUCAUCUCAGACUGUGGGUCUCACAACUGUUUGAACCCAAAUUCACUGAGAUCAAGGGAGAGAUGGACCGAGAUGCUUCCAGCAGAGCAGAGACUGAGGAGCAGCAUGUUCAGCAUCAGACAAAUCUAGAGGCUCGACUGGCGGAGCUCGAGCUCCUCCUGCAGAACCUGAACACCAGAACUACGGAAAUCCAUCUUAAACACGAGUCACCAGCACCAGCUCCCGUCAGUGUCGGUGUAUCUCAGGAGAAGCAUGAUGCUCUGCUCCUGGAGGUUCAGAGGCUGGAAGCAGAACUCGAGCGCAUCAGAGGAGACCUGCAAGGGGUUAUGGGAUGUCAAGGGAAAUGUGAUCGGCUGGAUACCAUACACGAAACGGUAUCCGCGCAAGUGAGAGAGCAGCUGUACGGUCUGCUCUACGGUCAUAACAGAGGCGAAGUGGAAAUCCCUGAACCUCUGCUGCCAUGGCUGGCUUCACAGUACAUGCGCUCGUCCGACCUCACCGCGACGUUAACCAUGUUGGAGCGCCAUAUUCUGGGUAAUGUGUCCCUACAGCUUCAAGAGAUCAAACCGCAGCAGUCCACAGAGGAAACGGUCACUCAAGCCAUUGUCCAAACCACCGGUGCUGCUGGGAUAUCAGAAGAGCAAGUCCAGCAGAUCGUCCAGCGUACUUUGAAGUUAUACUCUGAGGACCGCACGGGACAGGUGGACUUCGCUCUUGAGUCUGGAGGUGGCAGUAUCCUCAGCACACGCUGUUCAGAAACAUACGAGACAAAAACUGCUCUCAUGAGCCUCUUUGGACUUCCGCUGUGGUACUUCUCUCAGUCUCCACGUGUUGUCAUUCAGCCAGACAUGUACCCAGGCAACUGCUGGGCAUUUAAAGGCUCUCAUGGUUACCUGGUGAUCAGGCUGUCUAUGAAAGUGCUCCCUACAUCCUUCUGUCUGGAACACAUCCCCAAAUCUCUCUCUCCGUCCGGCAACAUCAGCAGCGCACCACGACGAUUCACCGUCUAUGGUUUGGAUGAUGAGUACCAGGAAGAGGGAAAACUGUUAGGUGACUACACUUACCAGGACGAUGGAGAAUCCCUACAAAUCUUCCCUGUUAUGGAAAACAACGACAAGGCUUUUCAGAUCAUUGAGAUGCGAGUGCUGUCAAACUGGGGUCACCCCGAGUACACCUGCGUGUACCGCUUCAGAGUUCACGGCCGCCCGCACACUCUAUAAUCCCACCCCGCUGUACAUUACUCGAUCCCUUUAUGAACAUAGACAUAGGCGUGGACUGUGAAGCAGCACGAAAGAGACUGACUUUUUAAGACUUUAAUACGAAUGAUGGAGUUACUAACGGAGCGCAGCGGAAGAUAUUGAAGAUAAGGAUUUUCACGAAUACACUCAUUUCCCCGUUCUUGCACUGAUCUGUCACGUAGAUACGUUUGCUCCCGCUUUCAUAGGCUCUCACGCGUAGAUGUAUUUGUGCCUUCAGACUUAACACGCUUCUCAUCCUGUGAAUAUUUUCUUUUCAGAGACGUUGAAGUCUCUCGAAGUCUCUAAGCUGAAGGUUAACCUCGUCCACUCAUCACUGCCGCUUUAAUUAGUCUGCAAGGUCACUGAUCAGCUGUGGGACGGGGUUGUUGUUCCUUUUAAACCUUGAUCACUACUAAAUCUCAUGAAAUGUGUCAACAUCAGGUCAUGUUUUAGUUCAAAACUGGAAUCGAAUUGUGUAAGGAAGAGUACAUUUUUAUUAAAGAGGGUGGAUAAUACUGUAUAACAGUAAUGAUAUUAGCACAUUCUCCUUGGAGAAUGAUGCAAAUUGCAAAAAAUAAGUUUUUUGUUCAUGGAAAAUUAGUUCAAUAUUGAUUUGGGGGUAAAAUCGGACCCAGACCUGUUUUCAUGAGAUUCACCCAAAAAAGCAUUAGAUUGUAUUGUAGAAACUCAUAACAACCAUAAAUUGUACAAAACACUGAUCGGUGCAGACAGAUGGUGUCUGGACGGAAAAGAAAGGACGACUGUGGACUUAUCUAUGUACAUUUCAACAAAACUGGAGCGUCGCUUCAGCCGUCAAUAGUCACAUCACAGUCAUGAUAACCUGCAGGAAUGUAACUUAUUGUAACAAGUCUUUUUUUAAUCGACUUCUAUCAGUGUUGAUUUUGCAUAAAGGGGUGCGACCCGUCAACAUUAAUAUUUUGUUCUUUUUAAUAGUGUCUGUAUUCGACAUUUUAGUUUCGGUAGAGGAUACACUGUUAUGUCUUCAUAAAGAAAUGUUUGUUGCACGAGUCCUAUGUAAUUCAUUGGAUAUGUUAAAGAGUCAAAGGAGGCCGUUUGUAAAAUACUUUUUAUUUUGUUCAUGACUAUUUAUUUUCCAGAGAUUUCGUUCAGAAAUAGGACCGUGUGCUGCCUGUUUGUUUUUGUAAAAUGCUUUUCGAUGCAUAUUGGUCUGUUUAUAUUUUUAGUUCUGUUUUUCGGCUCUUCGUUGUAUCAGUAAAGAAUUUUAAUUUUAA